CUACAUUACCCAGCAUCCACAAGGAAACACGCAAUGUUGACGUGUAUUUUGUUGGUACUAGUCCAUACUGAGUCCAUAUGGUACUAGCUAGUCAGUUGUCAAAGCCGGGUUUUGUGAAUUUUAACCUGCGGGUGACUUCGCAAUUGUGCGACGAUGUCCGGAGAAAUGUCUAUGAUUGGUUCGGUGAUCCUGGCCCUGUUCCUAGCGGGCUAUCUGGGCCAGCAGUACUUGCCGCCCCCGAAACCGAAAGUGAUCGGCCUGGAUCUGGGCACCACCUUUUGCUCGGUCGGCGUCUUCCAUCCGGGCAGCGGGGAGGUGGAAGUGAUCGCAGAUGAAGAGGGCAGGAAGAGCAUCCCCAGCGCCGUCUCAUUCACCACCACUGCGGUGCUGGCUGGACACGAAGCCGUGGACCUGGCCGACAGCAACCCUCAAAACACCGUCUACGAUGCCAAGAGGUUCAUCGGGAAGAUAUUUGAACCGGAGGUCCUGGACCGGGAGAGUGCUCGGUACCCGUUUAAGGUGAUAAAUAACAACGGAAGUGCAGAGUUUCUGAUCUCCACCAACCACACCUUCGUUGUAAGCCCCGAGUUCAUCGGCUCCAGGCUGCUGCUGAAGAUGAAGAAGAUGGCCGAGCGACACCUUGACAUGCCCAUCCAGAAAGCUGUCAUCUCGGUGCCUGCAGAGUUUGACGAGAGACAGAGGAACUACACGAUCAGGGCCGCCAACCUCGCUGGCCUGGAGAUCCUGCGUGUGAUCAAUGAGCCUACAGCUGCAGCCAUGGCCUACGGCCUGCACAAGGCGGAUGUAUUUAAUGUGCUGGUGGUGGACCUUGGGGGGGGGACCCUGGAUGUUUCUCUGCUCAACAAACAGGGAGGCAUGUUCCUCACCAGAGCCAUGGCAGGGAACAACAAGCUGGGAGGUCAAGACUUUAGCCAGAGGUUGCUCCAGUACACCAUAGAGCGAGCGCAACAGGAGUUUGGCGUCCCACCCACUCAUACAGAGGACAUCCACCAUCUCCGACAGGCUGUGGAAGCCGCCAAGCUCAACCUCACCCUCCAACCCAGCGUCACCAUCAGGGUGCCGCUGCACCUUCACACCCAUGGCAGCUCCGCGUCACCCGAAGACUCGGCACCAGCUCCGGUUCUCUUCCAGGCUGUGAUCACUCGCGAGCUGUUUGAGGAGAUCAACAAGGACCUUUUCCAGAAGAUCCUUGCUCCCGUUGAGACGGUGUUGGCUGAGGGCCACCUAGAGAAAGAGGAUGUGGAUGAGAUUGUUCUGGUCGGAGGGUCUACCAGGAUCCCGAGGAUCAGAAGGCUGGUCAGGGAGUACUUUGGGAAGGAGCCCAACACAUCAGUAGACCCUGACCUGGCUGUGGUCACAGGUGUGGCCAUUCAGGCUGGCAUCAUGGGCGGCUCCUGGCCUUUACAAGUGAGCGCUAUAGAAAUCCCUAACAGACACUUGCGCAAGACGAACUUCAGCUAAUCUUUAUCAAGGUUAUUUAUUAAGAUAAAAAGUGAUGCCUCAAAGACUGUCUUGCCGUUUCAUGCUUCUCUAAUGUGCAACAUUUACAAACUGCUGAAGUUAAAAAAAAAAAAAAAAAAUUGCCAACAAAAGACUCCUGAUUGAAGAAAUACAAGAUGCUCAGGUUUUUCAAGUGAUCUCUUGUCUGUGAAAGGCAAGAUAUGACUGCGUUUUGAAAACAUUCCUCUUUGACAGAUAGUGACUGAUAACAGCUGCAGAAGUGGACAGUCCUGUUUCCAUUUUUAAAGUGACAGCUGCUUUUGUUGCACACAAAGCUUCAGCAAUAAUAACAAAUACUGAGGAAAUGUGUAUCUUCUGAUCUAUGACGCUUCAUUGAUGAUGCUUAUUAAUGGUAGAUAAUCUUAAUGGUGUUCAAUUCAGGGAACAUUCAAGGACUUACAGACUAGCCUGUGUUUGCGUGUGCUUUGCAGGGCAAGUCCACAAAAAUUACUAAUUUUUUGAAGAUGUGUGUUUUGACAUCUGUCCAUCGAAGGAUGACACACAGUGGGCUUGGGCCUGUGUAGAAAGCUGCUAUAUUGUUUGAACUAUAGUUUAGACAGAAACAUAGGGAGACCUUUUGUAUAAACACGUAUUUAUAUACAAUUCAUUUGAAACAAAUUCACUGCAACAUUGACUACUCAUCUCAUAGAUACGGUGCUCUGGUGAGCUGCGGAGUCCACAGCUAAUAGAUGAAGUGCAUGUUGGAGAAAGCCUUAACAUUCACACAGUACUGUUAGAUGUUACAUCAUUAGCACCACCCCUCCCUUUGAAUGAAAUACAGACUGCAUUAUUUAAGAAUUAACAGCAGUCAUGCUCAGUGCUGCACUUUGAGGACGCCCACGUGUUGACCAACCUUUUUUUUUGUGCAAUAGUGCUUGCUUUGUUCAAGUGGCAGUGACUUUUACACUUAUGUAAUAUUUGUGCUACAUAUCAGAAGUAAGAGCAACAGCCUGCUUUUGCUACUGUAGGUAGAGAAGGUCAACACUGGUAGUCCCGCGGAAGGACUAAAACUGUGCCUUUUGUAUUGGAUAGAAAAUGUGUGUUACAUUUAGGAUGAGAUGAUUUCCAUUUCUGUUCAGAGGGUCCAAUAUAACCAAUUACCUAUAUUCUUUUUUUUUUUUUAAUUGCCACUUAUUUUUGCCAAGUCAUUCAUGAGCAGGUGUAUUUAUUUUAUCUAUUAUUUGUUUUUAAAUAUUCAUGUUUGAACUGAGAUUGAUAUGAGAGCCUAAACUAAAGAUGAAGCUAAUUUGAGGCUAUGUUUGCCUUUGAUACUGUACAAAUCAUUUACCAGGAGAUAAAAAAUUAUGAGACUAUGAUCUAUUUUUAUAUAACAUGUUGUACUCCAUGUCAGUCUAGCCACCUAAAAGUUGACAAAGACGUUAAAGGUUUACAACCUGCAUUUAGCCAAUUAAAAUUCUAUUUCUCAACGUC